GCUUGCCCUGUCCGGCCGGGGCGCCACGGUGUUGCCAUACCAACCCAACAGGCUCCCAGUAACCGCAUGUAGCUGUAGAUACCACGUGACGGUGACGUCACAGCUACCAGCCUUCGGAUACCGGAAAACCACGCAAUGACACAAGUUCCCGAAGUAAAAAAAGGAUGUUGUCUUAUUAAACAACACGCACAGCACUAAAACAAAGCACUUUUAGCACCACACGUGUCGAGGACAGUCGGCUUAUCUUUCCAACAUUUUGAAUGAUUUUUGUAUUCCUGAAUUCCAUUGAUUGAUGACCCAAGCAGUAUGGAUGCUUUCUACAAGUCCAUCUGCGGUGCUUUGGUUCUGUUGUUUCUGAUCGUCUGCAGUGUGGGAGUUAAGGGGAUUUCUAUCGUCACAAACUCUCCAGAACUGGCUGUAAGAGAAGGGCAGACGGCCAUGUUGGGGUGCACAGUGGAAGGCAAAUCGCCCAAAGAGAAACUCCGGUGGUACCGCGUCGUGGACGGUGAGUUCGUGCCGAUCAGCCGGGAUGCGGACAUAGAGGCCGGGGCCAGACCAGCCACCGGGGAGUAUAGGAUCACUGGUAACCGUCGAAGAGGAGAGUACACCUUGGAGAUUACCAGCGCGAAUCGAAGAGACUCGGGGGAGUACAGGUGUGGAUACCAACAGGGAGGUAGCAAUGUCGCCCCGGCAUCCGUUGAGCUUCAGGUAGUGGUUCCCCCUGAUAUCACUUCGCCUAUUUGCCAAAUGAUGCCCGUGGAUGAUGCCUCGUCUUCGGUUCCGGGUUUCUUCAAAGUUGGAGACGCUGUCCGUCUUGAGUGCACGUCUACGGAAGGCAUCCCGCCAGCUUCCCUCGGAUGGAAGCGGGGAAGGACAGUCUUGAUUCAAGACGCCCCGGGAAGGGUCUCCAUCGAUCGGGUCAUCCAGCCGGCAGAUAUUGGGCAGGAGUUCACUUGUUAUGCGGACAGCCUCGCCUGGGAUGAGCCGCGGUCCUGUACCUUAAUCCCCGCAGCCACACCUCCCCGAGUUCGAAUCAUGCCCGAUUCGGUAUCGCUACCAGUAGAAGGCGGUACGACGUUUACCUGCGCGGCAGACGAUGACGCGCCACCCGAUAGCAGCUACACGUGGUUCCUAAACGGGAACGAGAUCCUCGUCAACGGCAGGGGACGGUUUGAAAUUUCGUCUGAUACGAAGAGCUUGACGAUGGGACGGAUUAAGAAAUCGGACGAAGGUGCUGUGUUGGCUUGUGAGCUGAACUUCCAAGGUGGGGUACUAGGUCGGGCCGAAGCAGCGAUUGACGUCCUUGGGGUACAAGAGACCUCCGAUGCUGACACGACCACAGCUCAGCCGGCAACAACGUGGACAUCAUCAGUGCCAUUGUCAUCGUCGCGGGUGUCAUCGACGGUGUCACCAGGUGAUGAGGUGACAAACCUACCGGGGACAGACGACACGACUCACAUGUCGAUGGAGCUCAUCAUAGUCAGCGCGGUGGCCGGCCUCGCUGUAGGCGCCUUAGCCAUCAUCCUCAUCGUCUACAUCAUCAAGAGACGCCGAAAGCGAAAAGCGAAACGGCAGAAUCGGAACCAACCGGAAUCGACUCCAGCAGCGGGCCUGCCCAUGAAACAACAGCUGAGAGCCCAGAACGGCGUGCAGGUAUCGGAGGACGGUUACACGAUACUACGGAAACCGAAUGUGAGUUGUAGCGAUUACGAGACAGUGGAGCACGGCGUUCUCCCGUCGGCACCAACUUUAGAGCAAGGCGACAGUGACAUGUGCUGGGAUUAUGAGAUACCCUACUCAAAUAACCACUCGAAAAGACCACCAAUGGUAGUAGAAAACCCUGUUUACUUAGAAAUUAUCGAAUAAUAAACACACACACACAAAAUGCAAUUUUUAACUUAUUUUUUAGCCUUAAACAGGUUGGUAGCCUGUAGGGCAAAGGCCGGUUCACACUUUAUAGUUCAUGCGAAUGCGAUGCGAAUUUGACGUCACGAAGCAUCGCUGUGCGAAAAAAUCACAAAUUUACGUUUGCGUUCGAGUAUGGACAGGUGUAGCAUGAAAAACCUAAUAGGUUUUAUGAAAUACGGACUCUUUGGU